AGCAGCACGCUCUGUGCUAAGGAACGAAAGUUGCUUCUCUGACAGGAGAUUUGGGGCAACUGCAGAAUGGGGACUGACUGAAAGCUCUACAAACAUAAAGCUGCCCUCGCAGGUGAGAGGAGAAGUGGGAAACUGCUCGGUGUAACGCUUUCUAGAGAAGGUGGGGCUGAGGUUGGGCUCUUUGAUUUUUAGUGCAAUUCAACGACAACGAGGAAAACCAAAAUGGUUGAAUUUAAGCAGCAAAAGGUGGAAGAUUUCUACGACAUUGCAGAUGAACUGGGGAGUGGACAGUUUGCCAUAGUAAAAAGAUGCAGAGAGAGGAAAACAGGAAUAGACUAUGCAGCCAAGUUCAUCAAGAAACGCCAGAGCCCUGCCAGCCGCAGAGGGGUGACUCGGGAAGAGAUUGAACGUGAAGUAGACAUCCUGAAGGGUAUUCAGCACCCAAACAUUAUCACUCUGCAGGACGUGUAUGAGAACAAGACUGAUGUGGUCCUUGUCCUGGAACUUGUUUCUGGUGGAGAGCUCUUUGAUUUUCUGGCUCAGAAGGAAUCACUUAGUGAGGAAGAAGCUACAAGAUUCAUCAAACAGAUACUAGAAGGAGUUAAUUACCUACACACCCGCAAAAUUGCACACUUUGAUUUAAAGCCAGAGAACAUCAUGCUUUUAGAUAAAACUAUUGCUAUGCCUUAUAUCAAACUGAUAGAUUUUGGUCUGGCACAUGCAAUAGAAGAUGGGGUGGAAUUCAAAAAUAUUUUUGGGACUCCUGAGUUUGUAGCUCCUGAAAUAGUCAAUUAUGAGCCACUUGGCCUGGCUGCAGAUAUGUGGAGCAUUGGAGUAAUUACCUACAUACUGCUCAGCGGAGCUUCUCCGUUCUUGGGAGAAAACAAACAAGAGACGCUGUCCAACAUUACAGCUGUAAACUACGAGUUUGAUGAGGAAUUUUUCAGCCACACAAGCAACCUUGCUAAAGACUUCAUCAGGAGGCUUCUAGUAAAGGACACAAGGAAACGUCUUUCUAUUCUGGAUGCCCUGCGCCACCCUUGGAUCACAACACUCCAGUCAAAAGAGGAAACAAAAAUACAUGGCACAAAAAGAACAGCUGUUCGGCAGCUAAAGAACAAGAGGCUAAAGGAAUACACUAUGAAAUCCCACUCCAGUAUGCCACCUAACAACACCUAUGUCAACUUUGAGAGGUUUGCACAGGUUUUGCAAGAUCUAUCCAGAGCAGAGAAUGAAUUCAACACAUUAGCAAUGAACUAUGACUCUUUACAAGAAGAUGUAGAUGCUCUAAUUUCAAUUUACAAUGAGAAGGAAACUUGGUAUAAGGAGGAGAAUGAGAAUGUGAGACAUGAACUCUCUCAACUACGCUAUGAAUACAGAAAGGUAGAAUCCAUGAAAAGGAAUCUUCAUUAUGACAUAUCAUCAGUGGAAUCUGGUCUUGAUAGCCUCUCUGGAAAAUAUGCAGAACUACAGUCACGGAAUGACAGUAUGACCCAGGAACUGUCUGAAGACCUACAGUUGAUCCAGGAUUUGGUGGAUGGAUUCCAUGAUUGAGAUGCAGGAUACUGUGGUGGAAAUUUUGUAUCUGUGUUAACCAGGGACUUGAAUGAAUCAUUCAUGGACCUCCUUAAGGGCUUUUGCAGUCAGGACAUUUUGGAGGGUCUGAAGGUUCAAAUAACUGACUCACGGAUGUAACUAUGAUUUGGAAGAUCAGAUAAAGCAAUAACACCAGUAUCCAUCCAGCAAAAUCCGCUAAAAGACCAUUGUUUGGAUGUUUUUCUGUGUACCUGCAAAAUGCUGUUAUGCGGUCAUAUAUGUUCUUGUAACUUGUGGAAAGCCAUUCACUUUCUGUCACUUAGCUUUGUUUUUAUAAUUUUACUCCAGUUCCACUCCAAACAUCUUCCUGCAACAGUCUGAUGAAAACUAUAAGCUGAUUGUACCAAUGAGAGCACAUCAAGAAGCAACCUUGUGAAAAAAAUCCUGAAGAUCAUUCUCCCUUGGGAUUCUGAAGAAAACAUAAUAAUAAUAAUAUAAUAUAUAAUUAUAUAAUUAUAUAUAAUAUAAAUAUAUAUGUGUUGGUAAAGGCUGGUUGUGUUAGCAGCAUUGACAAAAAUAGAGUAUGUUUACAUAUUAUUGGCAAAUAACAUAAAAAGCAAUUCACCUGAUUUUCAUUAUUCAUUAUUAUGAUUGUUUGAUAUCCUGCUACAUAGUUUUUAACACAAUGAACAUGUUGGAAUCCUGGAAGUACAUUUUGAUUCAUGAGAUGUGCUCUUUGAGUUGGUAAACUAGUAAAUAGCAUCUAAGUCCUAAAGAACCAAUUAUGGAAACUUCCUAUCUUUCAAGGUUACAGGUGGAUUUUUGUCACACCAAAAAUAGGCAAAAUAGUAGU